CGUCGUUAGUUGUUCGGGGCAGCUGAAGGGGGCUGCGACUCAGUAAAACCCAUGCAGCUGCUAGUUUCUAGUCAUUCGCUCGCAGAGCAUAGUAGCGCGUCACACGCAGAGGGUUGUUGCAGAUUGUUGUUUUCGGUUAUAAACGAGUUGCAUUGCUUCAUCUACUGAGAGCACAUACCACUACCUACCUUACUUACCUUUAACCAACCAACCAACAACAACGCUUCAGUCGCCGGUCAACGUCGUUCCUACUACACACGUUCGAGUAAUUCAGUUAGUGCACAACAAGGAAUACUACUACUACCACCACCGCCAGCAACGCUUCAAACAAAAUUUUAUAUAACAACAAUGCUGUUUGAAAAUCCACCGAAGAUGUUCCCUUAUACAAUUCCGCCACCGGUUUUAGCGGCGUCCGCUCAAACACCAGUUCCGGGUGCCGCGAUCGGCGAUGGAAACGGACUGUUGGAGCACCACGAGUUGCACGGCUCCCUGGUGCAACUGAAUGGAAGCCAUUCGGGCUCUUCGGGCCGCAGCACUCCCAACAAUGGUGGAGAUCCAGCUCCAGGAAAACUCUUCGUCGGCGGACUGAGCUGGCAGACUUCUAGCGAGAAGUUGCGCGAGUAUUUUGGAAUGUUCGGCACCGUCACCGACGUCCUCAUCAUGAAGGAUCCAGUCACACAGAGGAGUAGGGGAUUCGGUUUCAUCACAUUCUCCGAUCCGACGAGCGUGGAUAAUGUGCUCAAGGUGCCGAUUCACACUCUGGACGGUAAAAAGAUCGAUCCGAAACAUGCGACGCCCAAGAACAGACCGAAGCAGCCCAACAAGACCAAGAAGAUCUUCGUGGGCGGCGUCAGCCAGGAUACUUCCGCCGACGAGGUGAGGGCCUAUUUCAACCAAUUUGGAAAGGUCGAGGAGACGGUGAUGCUGAUGGACCAACAGACAAAGAGACACAGGGGCUUCGGCUUCGUUACAUUCGAGAACGAAGACGUGGUGGACCGCGUCUGCGAAAUUCACUUCCACACGAUUAAGAAUAAGAAGGUGGAGUGCAAGAAAGCGCAGCCAAAGGAGGCGGUUCAGGCGAACGCUCAACUCCUGGGAAAAAGGCUGAUGCUCAGCGGAUUGGGCAUGAGAAUGACGGCACCAUCGGCAGCUGCUGGUGCCAUUGCCGCAGCCAACCCCUUGGCCGUCGCCCAAGCUCAAGCGCACGUGCAGGCCGCCGCAGCAGCCGCCGUAGCAGCACAGGCACAGAGUGCCGCCGUCGCCGGUUACGGCAAACUCUUCGGGGCAUACCCACCUCUCGCCAGCUACAGAUACGCCCCGUAUCCGAUGGCCGGUGUUGGAGCAGCAACGGCCGCACAGGCCGGCAACCCGAACCCCGCUCAAGCUGCGGCCGCCCCCGCGCUCGCGCCCCCUGUCACCGCCAGCCCCUACCAGGGCUACAAUCUCACCAACGUGGACAUGACGAGCUUCCAGGGCGUGGACUGGAGCACCAUGUACGGGAUGGGCAUGUAUGUUUGAGACGUCAACACCCACAACGUCGUCGUCGCCGCCGCCCCAGAAGCAGCAGCAACAGAAGCAGCGCCAUCUCGAGCAGCAGCAACAACAACAAACCCCCGUCAUCAUUAUCAUCAUCACCGCCGAACAAACAACUAAACUUUCCCCAAAACUUUUAAACUUAGUAAAGCGAGAAAGAGCGAAAGAGAAAAAGAGAGAGAGAGAGGCAUUACAGUGAGUUCAUUAUUUAAAAUAAAGGAAAGAGA